AUGGGGGCUCCAAUCAUUCCAGAUACGAUGAGGGCUGUUGUGAUCAAGGAUCCUGGUGGUGAGGAUAUCUUGAAAGUGUCGACAGUCGCGGUGCCACAGCCUCGUCCUGGCCAGGUACUAGUCAAAGUGCAUGCCACGACAGUUAUAACGUCUGAACUUGCAAGCCGUGAAGGUGUAUCAACGGCAAAACUCCCCCUUGUCCUAGGGAACGACUUUAUUGGAACCGUUGUGGCGGCCCCUGGUGCCGAAGAACGGAUCGGUUCAAGAAUAUUAGGAGCAUACGGUGGCUAUGGAUACACCAGAGAUGGAGCUUGGGCAGACUACAUUAUUGUCGACAGUGCCGAUGCCUUCCCAAUUGAUUCUACGCUACCCUCUACGGCGCUGGUAGCCAUCGCAGGAUCAUUCACGACAGCUUCUGGAACCAUUCAUGCCCUUGGUGAGAUGAAUGGCAAGACGUUAUUGAUUCGCGGAGGCACCAGUGGAGUCGGCCUUGCGAUCGCAACGUUGGCUAUAGCGCAAGGGGCGACGGUGAUUUCAACGACACGGAACCCGGACAAAAUCAAAGGACUGCAGGACCAUGGAGUUCACCAUGUCGUCCUGGACGAUGGCAAUCUGGAAAAUGCAGUCCGCAGCUACGCCCACGAGGGUGUCGACUUAGCAGUGGAGAUGCUGGGCGUCGGUGGCCUAAGCGAAUCGAUCAAAUGUGUCCGCCCCUUUGGCAUUGCCUGUCUGACCGGCUUACUGAACGACCAAGCGACCUCGAUCAAAGAGAAAUUACGUGAGGACCGUUCUGUUCCCGGCUACCCUCACCCGAUGGAAUUGAUUCCACCCACUGUCCGCCUCACCAUCGGUGGAGUGGUAGCUACGCCGCGAACGACAGCAAUGGUGCAGGACUGGGUUACAGGUUUUGAACAAGGCAAAUAUAAGAUGCCCAUUGACUCGACGUACACGCUUGAGGAUAUUGCUAGCGCGCAUCGAAGGAGAGCUGAUCCUUCGAGCUUUGGAAAGAUUGUGAUCAGAGUCUCAGACCCUAUUGAUUGA